CGCCAUUCAAAUUAUUACUGAGAGUGAUACUGACACGCACUAUAUCAGUCAGUAUGUUCAGAAAAAACAUGAAGAAGGAUCCAGAGCUGUUUCAGAACGUGUCUGAAGGGCUGCGGCGCCUCUACCGGACCAAGCUGUUCCCACUGGAGGACACGUAUCGAUUCCACGACUUCCACUCCCCUGCUCUCGAAGAUGCCGACUUCGACAACAAGCCCAUGGUCCUCCUGGUGGGUCAGUAUUCCACCGGGAAGACCACCUUUAUCCGGCACCUCAUGGAGCAGGACUUCCCCGGUAUGCGGAUUGGCCCCGAGCCGACUACGGACUCUUUCAUCGCGGUGAUGCACGGCGACCAGGAAGGGGUGAUACCCGGUAAUGCCCUGGUCGUCGACCCCAAGAAGCCCUUCCGCAAACUCAACGCCUUUGGCAACGCGUUCCUCAACAGGUUCAUGUGUGCCCAGAUGCCUAACCCCGUCCUGGAGAGCAUCAGUAUCAUUGAUACUCCUGGAAUCCUGUCUGGGGAGAAGCAGAGGAUAAGCAGAGGUUAUGACUUUGCUGCAGUGUUGGAGUGGUUUGCGGAGCGCGUGGACCGCAUCAUUCUCCUGUUCGAUGCCCACAAGCUGGACAUCUCUGAUGAGUUUUCGGAGGUGAUCCGAGCUCUUAAAAACCAUGAGGACAAAAUGCGCGUGGUCCUGAACAAAGCGGACCAGAUCAGCACUCAGCAGCUCAUGAGGGUUUAUGGAGCUCUCAUGUGGUCUUUGGGGAAGAUCAUCAACACACCUGAGGUGGUGCGCGUGUACAUCGGGUCAUUCUGGACCCAGCCCCUUUUGGUCCCUGACAACAGGAAGUUGUUUGAGGCAGAGGAGCAGGAUCUGUUCUUGGACAUUCAAUCAUUGCCACGUAAUGCAGCCCUACGUAAACUCAACGACCUCAUCAAACGAGCGCGCCUCGCCAAGGUACAAGCAUACAUUAUCAGCUCCCUUAAAAAAGACAUGCCGAGUGUGUUUGGAAAAGACUCCAAAAAGAAGGAGCUGAUAGCCAACCUGGGGGAGACCUACCAUAGGAUCGAGAAGGAGCACCAGAUCUCACCUGGAGACUUUCCCAACCUCGCCAAGAUGCAGGAGCUGCUGAACGGCCAGGACUUCUCUAAGUUUGUAGCGCUGAAGCCCAAGCUGCUGGAGGCAGUGGAGGACAUGCUCGCCAAUGACAUCGCCCGACUCAUGGCUCUGGUGCGCCAGGAAGAGGCGGCCAUGCCCAGUCAGAUCGUAAAGGGUGGAGCCUUUGAGGGAACCAUGAGCGGUCCAUUUGGUCAUGGUUAUGGCGAGGGAGCCAGCGAAGGCAUUGAUGAGCUGGAGUGGGUGGUGGGCCGUGACAAGCCUUCAUAUGAUGAGAUCUUCUACACCCUCUCACCCAUCAACGGCAAAGUGUCCGGAGCUGCAGCCAAAAAAGAAAUGGUGAAAUCCAAGCUGCCCAACACAGUCCUGGGGAAGAUCUGGAAGCUAGCAGACGUGGAUAAAGAUGGCCUACUCGACGAUGAGGAGUUUGCUCUGGCCAAUCACCUGAUCAAGGUGAAGCUGGAGGGCCAUGAAUUGCCAUCUGAGCUGCCCGAACACCUGGUGCCCCCGUCCAAACGUGGGAUAGUCCGGGAGGACUAGAGGAGGAGGGUUAGGGACCAGCCACAUCAACGCUUUGCUCCAUGUUAAGGACUCUCCAGACAUAAGUCCAACCACAAGCAUGAACAGCAUCAUCCUCCAUCAAGCUGUGAGUCUCCAGGCGUCCUGACACGGUGAAGAGUUGUGAUCUUUUCACCAGAGAAAGACUGGAGGUUUUCAGGGGGCAUGACACAGAGGAGAUAAUGUUAAGAUAUCUAUUAGAAAUACGUGGAGAUAAAGGGGUGGGAUAAAACAAAAACGAAGAACGGACAUUACUGGAUCAUGAACUGAUGGGCAGUUAGACGUUGCAUGGUGGGGCUGAACAUGUAUUUGUGAAUCCUGUGUUAAAGAUAUCUUAUAUGUACACAAUCCAUAUUAUUAUUAUAUGUUGAUCCAAAGAAAUAUAGUUUUUUUCCAUUUGGAGAGAAAAAGAGGAAAUAAAUCAAAACAGCUGUUAGAAUUGUUUUAUCUCUAUUUUUGUAUUUCCUGACUGUUAACUUAGACUCUUUCCAAAUGCUUCCCUUUUUAUUAUUUUGCCAGAUAAAUAAAAAGGAAUACUGUA